UAGGUCUAUCAUGUUAGCUCAUUGAGACCAAUUUCAAAAGUCCAAAAGUCCGUGCUUGUGUUCCGCUGAUAAUGCUCACCACUUUGAUGUACCGAACCGCGGCGGUCACGAUGACCGUCUACAUGACCAACCGCGUUGGAGUCUGGGGCAAAACGGAGGAGACGGACCAGCUGCUCCACCAGGUGGCCAAGGGACUGCAUCCAUUGGCGGGACUCCUGCGACGAGUGCUGCACUUCGAGGAGAGCGAUCUGAGUGUGGGCGAGCUGUCCCGCAAGUACUACAAUGAGGGAGUGAAGGGCACCUUUCGCAUAAUCCGAAACAUACCCAAUUACUCCGAGGAUCUGGCCGAUGGAGCCAAGGUGACCUGUCGGGAUCUGGUGGAGAAGGCCAAGGAAUUGCGCCAGCAAGAAUAUGCAACAUGGUGGCAUAGUUCCACGAACAACGAGAAACCGAAGAUUGAGUCAGCAGAUUCUGCAGAUUCUGCAGCUGGCGUUGGAUCCUCCGAGGAUUUAAUACCCUUUCCGAAACCAAAGUCCGUGGACAACUUUGUCUACGAUGUCCUUGCACCGAGAACAAAGUGAGGGUUUAGGCAUAACUCUACACAAAAUUCUAAUCAUACUUCACAAAAUCUAAUUGUUAAAUCUUUGGGCAAAGAACAUGUAUGUAAAUCAUGUUGCAAUCCUGUGUAAAUGUGCCAUUAAAGCAUUGAAACAAUACUCGAAUCAAAACAAG